AUGGAGCAAUUCUGCAAGACAGUUCCUAACUUUCUCACCAAACUCUGGGUAUUAGUAGACAAUACCGUCUUGGACCAUGUGAUUCGCUGGAGCAAGGAUGGUCAGAGCUUUCAGAUUGUGAAUCAAGAAACCUUUUGCAAUGAAAUACUACCAAAAUACUUCAAGCAUAACAAAAUAGCCAGCUUUAUACGACAGCUCAACAUGUAUGGUUUCCGAAAGACGAUGUCACUGCAGAGUGAAAAUACCAGCGAUGAGAAGAAAAUACCUAUGGAAUUUCAGCAUCCCCUCUUCAAAAAAGGAGGAGCAUGUCUUCUUGAAAACAUUAAGCGAAAGGUGCCAACAAUAAAAAUUGAAGAUACCAGCCUCUUCUCUGAUGAGUUUCAGAAAAUUCUGACUGAAAUGCAAGAGAUGAGAGAGAUGCAGAGCAACAUGGAUGCCAGAUAUGAACAAAUGAAACAGGACUAUUCAGGCCUAUGUGUUGAAAUGACAAACUUAAGAAAAAAGUACUGUGAGCAACAGCAACUCUUAACACAGGUACUCCAUUUUAUCUUGGAUUUGAUGAAUGAAAACCAUUCCAUACUAAAAAAGAGGAAAAGGUCACUAUCAGUGCUAUCUGGAGUUUCAGAUUCUGAAUGGGAUCGCCAGUAUUUACAUAUUCCAGACGACAAGAAGAAAGAAGCUAUGGAGAUAGUAAAAGAUGGUUAUGAACUUGUUGAAGACAAAUAUAAGAGCCUCCUUGACAGAGUCAUACCAAUUUUUAAAGAAUCCAAAAAGUUAAUUUCAUCUGUAGACAAGCCAAGUGGAGAUGAUGGAAAAGACCCUAAUGUAUCAGUUCCGGAUAUACCUCCAAAUGAAGAUUCACUGACCAUUCAGUUGGAUUUAACCAUACCAUUUUUACAAGAACAAAUAACUAAAGAAUCCUUUGAACAAGAGCCUAAGGAUAUGUCUUUACAAUUAGAACUUUCUCCUCAGGAUUCAAUUUUGAUGGAAGAUAGAUCAGACAAUCUGUGUAACAAUACAAUUAACAGGGAUGAAAUACAUAUUCAUCAUACUGAAGGAAAUUUGGUAGAGCCAAAUUCAUUACUCUCUAAGAAGGCAGAUAAUUAUGACCUUGACCAUUUCGGUGAGACUCUAAGUCUAAUGGAAAACGAAGGAGAAAGAAGUCUGCUUGAAGCCAGUGGAGAAAAAGACAUACAUAUGACACAAUGCAUGGAAAAAACCCAGCCUUUACUAUUAGAUGGGACACCAAUAUGUGAUUUUGGAGAAAAUCUUCAAGAUUCUAAUGAUCUCUUUUUAGAUACUCUGAAGGAUGAAUCAAAUGUCUUAUCAGCUUUAUGUGAUCAUGAUUAUAUAAACUACAAUAUUUCUACUACACAAGAAGAUACUGCAAAUGCUAUUGAAAAUGUUGUUCCCCAGUUGUCUACAGAAUCCAGUGGGGAAUCUAAUGCAUUCCCACUUCUCUUUCUCAAUCCUGUUCCUAAUAUUUUUUGAAGAGAAUAUUAUGCUUAGUCUUCUAUUAGAAGUUAUUUUGAGUUUCAAAGAAUUUCACUUCCUGCUGUGAAAUAGAUAUUCCACGGAUAUUGGCUGGUAUAUUUUUCUUCAUUUUGUACCUUCUGUAACUUAAAAAAUAUGUUAAAAUUACUGCGUCCCAGUAUCAAGGCAAGCAAGCUUUGGCAACUAGGAUGAAAUGCAAACUACAAAAAUAUAAGGAAUACAUCCAAAUUUUAAAAUAACAAAAAGUUUUUAAUUUUAAACCAGUAAUAUUCUGAUGCCUUAUUUGUGACUAGAACAGAGAUUAGUGUUAUUGCAUUUUGCUAAUUAGCAAAUUUCUGUAGCUACCUUUUGUUUAAAGGAACAGUUAUUCUAAGUUUUAGUGAAAGAAAAUCUCAUUUUAAAAAGCAAGUUUUUGAGUUAAUUAUAAUGAUGUGGUUAUUAUUACUCCUGGAUUUUACAGGUACAUUCUAUGGCUAUACACCUUAUUACAGUCUUACAUAAUUUUACAAAUUUUUUAGUUCCUAAAGAAAGUUAAAAUUUCAGCAGAAAAUGGUAAUUUUCUGUGUAGUUGCCAUCUUCAUAGACAAUCAAAGUUAGCAUGUUGGCUCUCCCCCAAAACCUUGGAUAAGAACUCCAAGAAUCAAACUUUAGCAAAGUUUGUCCUUAAAGCAUAAGGGAAUGCAAAAGCAAAUGACUUACUAAAAAUUAAAGUGAAAGAUUCACAGUCAACCAUUUCUCAACUAUACCUAUCUCUCAUUUACAAAUGCAUCUUUAGUUUUAUCAGCAUUCUUUGAUACAAAUGUAAUUAUUUGAUAUACUAUUAUGUUUCAAUAAAAGUGUGGUUUUACAUUAACCUGGAUCAGUUUUAAUACAAACUAUUCCAACAGCACUGUUCAUACAUGCCUAAGCACUGAGCACCACAGCACUUAAACUCGAGGGUUAUUGAAGAAGCACUGAAGAACAUGUUUAAGGUUUUCUGUUAGUGAUCUGAAUACUGAAACGUCAAGAUUUUAAAGACUUCAGUCUGACACUUUCCUACUGCUUUAUUACACCUGCUAAAUUCACAAAAAAUUUACAAAUUACAAUUUAGAAAUUGUGUUUUUGCCCCCUUGAUUUUUUUCAAAAUUUAACAUGUUCUUUUAUAGUUUCACUAAUGGAGUCAUCUCUAAAAGGAAGGGAAAAUAGUUCAUUGUUUUCAUUCCCUAAUUUUAAAGUCUUCCCUGUUUAAAUAAAAUGGCUUGUUUAAUUUUGAAAAUUCUUACGGAAAGUGCAGAUCUCAUGUAGCUAUGAUAGUCAGGAGUGAAAAGCCUAUUUUAAAAACUGAAAAAUAUCUUGUCAUUGUAAUGUUCUUUCAGUUAAUAAAGAGAUGAGCAUA